UCGAGCUGUAUAAACACGUGCAGGAUGGACUAUUGGCACUAAAGUAGUUAGCACUCAACUGUUGAUCAGCAAAUUACCGCUUCGGUAUCACAGCACUGAUACGUUCAAAAUCAAUUUGGACUCUAUUGCCUUAGAAAUAAAGAGGAAUCACUUAAUUGUAAAGUGAAGUAAUUCGGCCACGCUUGUAGGUACCACGGGGACCGCGGCCCGCACCAGACACCAUCAUUUUAUUUAUUUUUCUUAUGUUUAUUUGAUCAUGCUUCUUAUAUUGAGUUCACGCAGAUGAGGAAAUUAUAAAAACUAUUUUGGUCGUGUACGUUGAUUGUAAUGAAUUGUUGAUAUGUCUUGUUCAUGUGAAUUUGUGUUGUGUAAUCGGGACUUACCGCCGCGCCCGCACUCGCCUUCGUGCUUGGAACGGUGGCUGCCCACCAAUAUGUGACACCCGACCCCAAACAACAGCUAGACGUACCGUAGCUCUAGUUAUACUGGCCGAUUGUGCAUGAAGGUAAUAAAAGCAUUCCUUCAACGAAUGCUGGAGACGGAAUACUCGGUACAGUUAACGUUCCGAGAACAGUGGUUAGAUGAGCGCCUCAAAUUCAAUAAUUUGGGAGGUCGCCUCAAGUACUUAACCCUGACAGAAGCCAACAGAGUCUGGAUGCCGGAUCUGUUCUUCUCCAACGAGAAGGAAGGCCAUUUCCACAACAUCAUCAUGCCCAACGUGUACAUUAGGAUCUUCCCUAAUGGCAAUGUGCUGUACAGCAUCCGAAUCUCCCUCACGCUGUCCUGUCCUAUGAACUUGAAGCUGUAUCCUCUGGAUAAGCAGACCUGCUCGUUGAGAAUGGCCAGCUACGGCUGGACGACAGACGACUUAGUGUUCCUGUGGAAGGAGGGCGACCCAGUCCAGGUUGUGAAGAACCUACAUCUGCCUCGGUUCACUCUAGAAAAGUUCCUUACUGACUACUGUAACAGCAAAACUAAUACUGGUGAAUACAGUUGUCUGAAAGUAGACCUGCUGUUCAAGCGGGAGUUCAGUUACUACCUGAUCCAGAUCUACAUCCCAUGCUGCAUGUUGGUCAUCGUGUCCUGGGUGUCCUUCUGGCUGGACCAGGGAGCUGUGCCUGCUAGAGUCUCACUAGGUGUAACGACACUCCUCACGAUGGCGACCCAGUCAUCAGGUAUCAAUGCCUCCCUGCCACCAGUGUCCUACACCAAAGCCAUCGACGUCUGGACAGGCGUGUGUCUCACCUUCGUGUUCGGAGCACUACUAGAAUUCGCUCUAGUCAACUAUGCAUCUCGAUCCGACAUGCAUAGAGAAAAUAUGAAGAAAGCAAGAAGGGAGAUGGAAGCAGCCAGCAUGGACGCUGCCUCCGACCUCCUCGACACAGAUAGUAACACCACGUUUGCUAUGAAACCCUUGGUGCGCGGCGGCGUGGUGGAAUCCAAGAUGCGGCAGUGCGAGAUCCACAUCAACCCUCCGCGCAAGAACUGCUGCCGGCUCUGGAUGUCCAAGUUCCCCACACGCUCCAAGAGAAUAGACGUCAUCUCCAGGAUCACCUUCCCACUUGUGUUCGCCUUAUUCAAUUUGGCUUAUUGGUCGACGUACCUAUUCCGCGACGAAGACGAAGAGAAGUGAUUUUCCGAGUCUCUGGAGAGAGGCGCGGGCCCGCGGCUGCGGCUGGCGGCGGCCGUGGUGGUGCCGUACGUGUUGUUCGUGGCGGCCUACGCGCUCUGCUUCAGAGUCCGCGAGCUGCCGCCCCCGCCGCCCGAGCCGCUGCAGCUGGAG